UACCGAAUGUAUGCACUCGUCUUCAUCGCCUCGUUGAGCUCCAAAUAGCCUCACAUCUCUAGCAGAACCCCCUUGACCUUGAUUUCAACAGCAAAACAACGAGCUCUUCAAACCACCCACACCUAAAGAGCGGCAGAAACAAACAUUUCGACUCACCCCUUCCUCAUCCCAAACCUCUGCUUUCAAGGCACCGUCAUGUCUGAACGAGCGGGCUCUCCAUCCGGAAUGAGUGCUAUCAUUAUUGGAGCGACUGGAGCGGUGGGCAAGCAACUCCUGGCUGCUCUCCUCGAUGCCCAAACGUACACCUCUGUGCAUGCGUUCGGCCGUCGUCCCACUGGCGUCACCCACAGCAAGCUCACCGAACACACACUAGACUUUGAGAAGCUGUACGAGGAAGCACAAAACAACAGUGAUGGGGAAGAAUCCAAGAAGCUUAGUGAAGUUGGCGCCGACAGUAUAUUCAUCACGCUCGGUACGACUCGCGCACAGGCUGGCAGUGCGGCCAAAUUUGAGCGUAUCGACAGGGAGUAUGUUCUUGCGGCUGCUAAGGCGGCAUUGGAAACUUCGAAGACGGGGCAGCAGCUCUUGUACUGCUCGUCAGCCGGUAGCACGUCCUCUUCACCUUUUCUCUACCCCAAAUCAAAAGGCCUCACCGAAGAAGGUCUGGCCAACCUGUCGUACCCCCAGACCUUCCUCUUCCGUCCGGGCAUGCUGCAGAACCCUCAGCGCGAACAAGAGCGGCUUAUGGAACGGGUCGCGGAAGUGUUCGUCAAGGGCAUCCUAAAUCGUAUCACCGACAAUGCCGGCAUGGACGUCAAAGACGUUGCCAAGUCCAUGCUGAAUGCUUCGCGUAUCGGUGCAGAAAGCGUCAAACAACAUGACCUUGGGAGCGCACCACAGGGCAAAGGCUUCAACCCGUUCGAAGGCCGCUCCGUCACUGCCUUUACCAACUCAGAGAUGAAGAAACUUGCCGCGUUGCCUUAAGACUAGUCUUUUUAAGUGACUGGUUGUCAAACCCAAGACUGUGGCGAUCACACAUUUUCCAAUACCCCAAUAUUAUACUCACCCUCACAACGUUCUGUAUUCUAUCUUCACACAGGCUGUCAGAUAAACGCUAUUCACGUCACAAAUGGUGCGACGAUUUGAUCAU